AAAGGACAGAGAGAGGGAAUCUGUCACUUAGUCUCAGUAAAGCCACAGAGAGAUACCUGGAGUCCAACUGGUGAAGUCUUUCUGCCUCUCCGCUGCAGAGCUGACCAAGGCAUACGGGGACUGGGAUUUACUUUGGCUGCAGGCUGACAGAGGACUCUGUAACUCACCUGGACAGAAACACACACUCAUUUUUGACCUGCUCACCUCCUCUUAAACCUUUUUACUAGUGUGAGCUCACAGGCAGGAGUCCUGCUGUUUUGCCUGGUUGACAGUCAGUAGUUGGUGAGCCGGCGAUGUCGUGGGACUGUGGCCUGAGGUACAUGUUCUCCGUGCCCCCUGCGCUGCAGCCGGGGAGCAUCCACAUCCUGCAUGACAAGGAGGACCUGUCCAGACUGGAGAUGGUCCAGAGACUGGCCAAGGAUGGCUGCCGAUUCCUGCAGAACCACAACAAGGGCUCAGAGAGGACAAGUGAGCCCCAGAGUGACGAGGCAGUCCGUGUGUGUCUGAGGGAGAGGGGCCACGAUGUGCUGGUCCUCCAGAGAAUAUCGUCAGAGCAGCCAGCCCUCUCUGCAUCGGCGAGGGGAGGAGGGAGAGAGGAGGCGAGGAACAGGAGGUACAUGGUGGUAUCAGGGACCCCGGAGAAGAUCCUGGAGCACUUGCUGAAUGACCUGACACUGGAUGACGACCAGGGGACGACACAGGGCAAAGAGUCAGACACGCUUCUGGAUGAUUUUCUGCUGACGUACCCGGUGUUCAUGUCAACCAGUGAUUUGUGCCAAGCUCUGCUGGGACACUAUUGCACCAAGCGACACAGAGGGAAAGAGGACAGGAAGGAGGCUCUGGAGAGGAAACGAAAAGUGCUGCACCUGGUGUCACAGUGGACGGCCCUCUGCAAGGACUUCCUGAGGGAUGACGAGCACGUCAAGCUGUUCAUGAAGACUUUGUAUCGUUACGUGUUGGAUGAUCUCUAUGAGCACCCGUCGCUGGAGACGGAUGUGAGGGAGCUGCAGAAACUCUACCAGCUGCAUCGCAGACAUACGGUGGAUGAAUAUUCCCCUCAAAGAAAGAGCAAAGCACUUUUCCACCAAUUGAGCCUGAAAGAGAACGGGCUCCAGUCCAGAGGCACACAGAGGGAGACCAAGGAAGUGCUGUGUCACGUGUAUAUUACCAUGGACUCGUUCCUAAGUAUGAGGGCCCAUGUCGGGAUAGUGGCCCAGGAGCUGCUGCAGGCAGUGGCAGAGAGGAUGGAUGUCCCACUGGGGGAACUGGUGCUAGUGGCUGUCACUUAUACUGGAGGGAGGCUCCUCCUGCAGCCUCAGGACAGAGUCUUCUCUGAUUCUGUACGGCCGGUGGGGAGGCUGCAUGUGUGCAGGAAGGACCUGGGUGAAGUCCUGAACCCAUUCACAGACAACUCAGAGCUGCAACAGAGGACGGCUCGCAUGCUCAGUUUAAACACAUGGGACGUGGCCGUCGCCCUCACCAACUUUGACUGGACCAUCUUUGACUCAAUACAUGAGCAAGAACUCGUCUAUUUCACCUUCUGCCGCCACAGCAGCAGCAGCCACACUGUGGCGUUGGAGCUGCUGCUGCAGCGCUGCAAUGAAGUCCAGCUGUGGGUGAUGACCGAGGUACUGCUGUGCCCAACACUCUGCAAAAGGGUCCAACUCAUCAAGAAGUUCAUCAAGAUCGCUGCCCACUGUAAAGCACAGAGGAACCUCAACUGUUUCUUUGCCAUUAUAAUGGGCCUGAACACUGCAGCGGUUAGCCGCCUCAGUCAGACAUGGGAGAAAAUUCCUGGGAAAUUCAAAAAGCUGUUUUCAGAGCUGGAGACAAUUACAGAUCCCUCGCUGAACCACAAGGCCUACAGGGACUCCUUCAAGAAGAUGAAGGCGCCAAAGAUCCCCUUCCCUCCUCUGCUACUGAAAGACCUGACGUUCAUUCACGAAGGCAACAAGACAUUUCAUGAUAACCUGGUCAAUUUUGAAAAGCUGCACAUGAUAGCAGACACAGUGCGUCUCAUCCGGCAGUGUCAGAAAGAUCACAUGGGUAAUGGCAUCGUCCAGAAGAGCAGCUCAGAAGUGCGAGCCUACAUUGAUUACUUGCAUAUCAUCGACAAUCAGCAGACUCUGUUUGAACUGUCACAACGGCUGGAGCCUCGUGCUUAGAGAAAGCAGCUCUCACUGCACUUCCCACUGUGUCAGCCAGACUGUCGGAUUGCCAAGGAACAAUCUAUCGCUGUCUCAUAUCUAUCUCUCAGGACUCACUCAGCAAUCAGAGGACGCUGCAUGAUCCUGGCCGACCACAGGAGGGAGCCGCUCAAUCAGGAAACUCUCACCAGAGACAGGAAUAAGCAGAAAAAAAGACUUUAAAUGCAUACAUGUUUGCAUAGAUCCACAAUAGUGUCACUGAUACAAAACACCUGAAAGCAGGCCCAGCUGCUGUCUGGUGGCAAGGAACAAUAUAGAUGUCUAGAUCCGCGGGUCCAAACCUGCUGCUGCUACUAUUACUUUCUUACAGAUGGCAGAGGUUGUUAGGUGCAGAGCUGUUCUAACAACGAGCCAACAGCUCUCCCUUGUGGAGAAUCAGCAGCCUGCAAUAAGAGUUUGUUUGCAGGUGAAGUGCUUCCCAUCUAAUAAAAAGCUACAGAAAAUGAAUGUGCAAACAAUGUAUUGAGCAUGGAAGUUCAUUCACAACAGUAUGUUUGACAAAAAAAGUCCACUUACUAGCCUUUCAAGAGCUUUCAACCACAUGAAUCACAUCACAUACAGUGAUUGAGAUGCAGAUUAACUCGUGAUACUUCACUUCUUUUUUGUAUUUUCAGUGUUUAAAGAUCUGGCAGCAGUGGGGUUGUUUCAUCAGAGUUAACCAAAGAGUAUUUCAGUCCUAUAUAUUGUACACACGAUCCAGAUGUUCUCUUUGCCAGAUGAAAGUCACCAAUACAGUGUAUGCACAACAAGCUGAAUCAAGAUGACAGAAAGAGUGAAAAUGAUUGUUAAAUAUUUAACAUUUUCAUAUAUUAUUUUCAUUAUCUAUUUUUACAUUGCAGAGUUCUCUUACCGUACAGUUUUCUAUUGUUUAACCAUAGAAUGUAUUAGAUGAGGCAAUUCAGAUGGUAUUAGAGCAGGACGUUAGAUAAGAAUACACAGUAUACUGUAUUUCUGUGGUGUGUGGGAAAAGUUGUGUGUCCCGUCUGUGAGCUAUGAUCACGUAUGUUAGUGCCAAAUACCAUAAAAACGGCCAUUCAAAGUAAUGCUCAUCUUUUUAAAAGAUUUAAAAGGAUCUCCAUCUAGUUGAGCUGUGGACAAUCAGUUAAACGAAGCAGCAGACCCGUACUGAUACAUCUGUAUAAGGUCUUUAAAGUUCAGGUUGAAACACAAUACAGUGCCACGCAGAUAGUGUUUGAUUUGUUGAGGUUUGGAGAUAUCGGCUUUAGCUGUGAGAUUGGCAUUAGAAAAACUCAGCAACGACAUGUCUUUCCAAAAACAAAGACACACCAACCCAUAAUAACCCGUUUUCUGGUUCCUAGUUAAAUCUAAUACUACAGAGCAACAGUGUAUCUCUUAAUUUAUCAAUAGAUAGAUAGAUAUUGUAGAUGAAAAAUAAGUUUCAUUGUGUUUUGGGGUGAACUGUCCCUAUAAGUAAAGAGCAAUAGCAAAAACAAGUACAACAGCACCUUCUGGAUAAAACAAGUAGAUAAAUAGAAAGAAGAAUAGAAGCCAUCUGCUUAUAUACAGUGAGUAUUAACACUACUGUAUACAACUGUAUAGUGUGUAGUUGUAGAAGAUACUGUACAGUAUUUAUUCUCUAGAUUGGUCAACUGAAAACUCUCACGUUCGCACUGAGGUUCAGCCAUUUUAAGUAGGCGUUGUGAAGUAUUGUCGAUGGAAUUUAGCAUUAUAUUCCUGAAAUUGUAUUUGUAUAUUUUGGGUUUUAAAGCCCACAAUGAACAUGGGGAGAAACAUGAUUCAGCAGUAUCUACAGUAUCUUAUUUUGGAUUUCAUUUGUAGCAUCAACACUGUACGGUUGAUUCUAUUUAUACUGUAUAUAUAUGUUGAAAUUCUGGAUUCGGAUAUUUAUUUAUUUCAAAAUUAUUUAUUUGUUCUACAGAUAUUAGUUCAGUUUGAUUUCAUGUCUUUUGUACGCACCGUUUGGCUGGUCUGCAUGAUAUGGCAAACCAUGGAUUGACCACCGAUGUCAGCUGUGCAUGCAAUAAAAAUAUUUUUCAUCA